UACCUAGAUUGAGGCGGGGAGGCGGGUGGGGGCGGCUCAGGUUCGCGCUUGCGCGCUGCUCCGGGAGACAGCGUCCACCUCGCCCCGCCCCUCGUAUUCUGCAGUUCCGGCUCUGCAGAUUCAGUGCUCACGUUUCUUUUUCCCGUGGUUCUUUCUGCCUCUUGUUACCGGUUUCAACAACCCGCGAGACAACCCUACCCGCAAAUAGCUUCAAUUGAUUUUCUGCUUUCCUCAGUCCGCGACGGGCUCACGGGCUCUUAACGAAAGUGCGGCUGCGAACGAGCAGGCGCGCGCGAGGCUCGGGGGAGGCGCGCUCGAGCUCCCGGCGGCGACGACUACGACGACCAGGAGAGCGGUCGGAGGCGGCGCCUGAAGCAGCGGCGGAGCCCAUGCCCCGGGACGGCGGGCGGGCCCGGAGAGACGAGCCCGGGGCCCGGGACAUGUCCCCGGGGCCCCCGUGAGGAGGCGGCGGCGGCGGCGAUGGAGAUCCCGCCGCAGGAGGCGCCGCCCGUGCCGGGCGCGGACGGCGACGCCGAGGAGGCCCCCGCCGAGGCCCGGUCUCCCAGCCCCGCAUCGUCCCCCGCCGACGGGCGCCUCAAGGCUGCGGCCAAGCGCGUCACGUUCCCCUCCGACGAGGAUAUCGUGUCUGGAGCGGUGGAACCCAAAGACCCCUGGAGACACGCCCAGAACGUGACCGUGGAUGAGGUCAUUGGUGCCUACAAGCAAGCCUGCCAGAAGCUGAACUGCAGACAAAUCCCCAAGCUCCUCCAGCAGCUCCAGGAGUUCACGGACCUUGGACACCGCAUUGAUUGUCUGGACCUGAAAGGUGAGAAGCUCGACUACAAGACCUGCGAGGCCCUGGAGGAGGUCUUCAAGAGGCUGCAGUUCAGGGUCGUGGAUCUGGAGCAGACGAACCUGGAUGAAGAUGGUGCCUCGGCCCUCUUCGACAUGAUCGAAUACUAUGAGUCGGCCACCCACCUCAACAUCUCCUUCAACAAGCACAUCGGCACCCGGGGCUGGCAGGCCGCUGCCCACAUGAUGCGCAAGACGAGCUGCCUACAGUACCUGGACGCCCGAAACACGCCCCUGCUGGACCACUCGGCGCCCUUCGUGGCCCGCGCCCUGCGCAUCCGCAGCAGCCUAGCGGUGCUGCAUCUGGAAAACGCCAGCCUGUCAGGGCGACCCCUCAUGCUGCUUGCCACGGCACUGAAGAUGAACGUGAAUCUGCGGGAGCUCUACUUGGCCGACAACAAGCUCAACGGCCUGCAGGACUCGGCCCAGCUGGGCAACCUGCUCAAGUUCAACUCCUCCCUGCAGAUCCUGGACCUCCGUAACAACCAUGUGCUGGACUCAGGUCUGGCCUACAUCUGCGAGGGCCUCAAGGAGCAGAAGAAGGGGUUGGAGACCCUGGUGCUGUGGAACAACCAGCUGACACACACGGGCAUGGCCUUCCUGGGCAUGACGCUGCCGCACACACACAGCCUGGAGACGCUGAACCUGGGCCACAACCCCAUCGGGAACGAGGGCGUGCGGAACCUCAAGAACGGCCUCAUCAGCAACCGCAGUGUGCUGCGCCUCGGCCUCACCUCCACCAAGCUCACGUGCGAGGGCGCGGUGGCGGUGGCGGAGUUCAUCGCCGAGAGCCCCCGCCUCCUGAGACUGGACCUUCGGGAGAACGAGAUCAAGACAGGCGGGCUCAUGGCACUGUCCUUGGCCCUCAAGGUGAACCACUCACUGCUGCGCCUCGACCUCGACCGUGAGCCCAAGAAGGAGGCGGUGAAGAGCUUCAUCGAGACGCAAAAGGCGCUGCUCGCAGAGAUCCAGAAUGGCUGCAAGCAGAACUUCAUGCUGGCGCGCGAGCAGGACGAGAAGGAGCAGCGGCUGCAGCUCUCCGCCUCCAUGCCCGAGAUCACCGUGACCGAGCCGCAGCCCGGCCAGGAGCCCGGGGGCCAGGAGCCCGGGGACGAGCCCGCCACCAGGGCCCAGCAGAAUGGGGCCCCCGGCCCCAGUGCCCGGCCGCACUCAGACUCAGACUCGGACUCCGAGGAGGAGGGUGGGGAGGAGGAGGAUGGGGGGAGGGCCGAGGCCCCCUGCCCCGCCCUGGUGCCCCCCUCGGACUCCCUGGGCCCUGGGGACAGGAGCCCCCCAGGCAGCCCCGCCUCCCCCACUGAGCAGCGUAUUUCUGUGUCCAGCCCCGGCCGGGGCCACAAAGUGUUUGUGGUGACUCGGGUUGAGAGUCCGCCCGAGAGGGCAGAGCCCCCGGCGCCCCCCGCCCCUCCUUCCCCCUCUUCCCCCCCUUCCCCCCUUCCUCCUGCUUUAUCCUCCCCGCCCACCUCACCUGCCCUGCCACCAGCUGAGGCCAUCGGUACUCCGGACCCAGGGGUGUCGGAGCCUCAGUCACAGCUGGAGCCACCUCAGCCAGGGCCACCGCUGCCCAAUGGCCUGAAGCCCGAGUUCGCCCUCGCACUGCCUCCAGAGCCUCCCCCGGGGCCUGAGGCCAAGGCGGGCAGCUGUGGCCUGGAACACGAACUGAGCUGCUCCAAGAAUGACAAGGAGCUCGAGGAGCUGCUUCUGGAAGCCAGUCAGGAAUCUGGGCAGGAGACACUGUGACACUUUAGUUCCUUUUUUCCGGUCAGUCUUCGGUGAGCUGAGGCCAGAGCCAUGAGAAUCUGCUCACCCUCGCCCCCAGCCUUCCUGAGGCCUGGGCCACCAGGGGUGCGGGGGGCCUUUCUGGGGACCCCUGCCCCCCACAGCAACACUACACAGAGCGCAGGAGCCGCAGGGACUGCCCUCCCCGCCCUGACUUAAGCACUAUUUUUGUGUCCAGCACUCGAAGGCUCUGGGUUGGGGGGAUGGGAGAGGAGUUCUCCAAGGACAUCAGCCACGAGGCUGGACGCCUUUUCCAGACGGCCUGUUGGGCCAGGCUUGCCCUGUGGAGGGCAGCAGUCCUGGGUGGUGGUGGGAUGGCCCCCCGGCCCCCCCCGGGUGCAGGGCCAGGCAGGAGGCAUGACGAGGGAGGGCGGUGAGUGGUGGUGGAGGACCUUGGUAGAGCAACCCCAGGCAGCGUGAGGGCCAGGGCUGGGGGGGGCGGGGGGCUGGGAGCAGAGGAUCAGAGCUUUCUUUUUCUUAAGUGCAAUAAAUCUAUCAGGGAGCUGGGGUGAGGAACAGCCGGGCUUCUAGAGACCCUGCUGUCCAGGCCCCUUGAGGCUGCGCUCUGAGAGGCACUACAACCCGGGGGGCGGCGUGGGUGUGGGGUACGGGUGGGCGGGGGAGGGGCUACUCCUGUCGGUGCAACU